CUCUAGUGCGCGCCACCCCUCGAUGCCAUGUUGUACGAAUUGAUUGCCAUUGUCCGCCCGGGCAGCCUCAACGAGGUGCGAGAAAUCGCCCGUAACGCCGGUACCCAAGUCAUCCGCUCCGGCGGCGUCGUUCGCGGCUACACCAACUGGGGCGCCUUCCGCCUUCCCAGGGUCACCACAAAGCAUCAGGCCCGAUACUCCGAAGGUCACCACUUCAUCAUGCGCUUCGACUCCUCCGGCUCUGUUCAGUCAUCUAUCCGCCGCACUCUCGGUCUCGACCCGCGUAUGAUCAACUUCUCCGUGGUCAAGCUCGGCGACAAGCUUGAGGAGAUCAAGGAUAUCAAUGGCAAGGUCGAGUGGAACAACGUUUCCACCAUCACUGACCAGAUCUAA